AUGCCUUCUGGCAAUGAGCCAUGCGGCUCAAUGGAAAAUGUCCUUGAUGAUAAUGCACCUCCUACAUCGAAUACAUCAACCUUUCUACGUCUUCAAUGGGACCGCCCGAAGUUGGCGCGGAACCGCGACGUGCAGGCCUGUGAGCAAUGCCGGUCUAGGAAGAUCAAAUGCGAUCGAGCGAAGCCCCAUUGUCGAUGCUGCAGCACGUAUGACCGACCCUGCACAUACCGACCAAAGGCUUUGGACCGCAGGCAACAAAAGAGAGCCGUGGGGAAUCUGGCGACGGAAGGAAGGCGUGUCUCAACUCGUACUCAGAACCAACAGUCGAGCGGAGGGCCAGAGGAGAAGCAAACGAUCCAGUUCAACCAAGUCGGCCAUCUCAAAGCAUUAAAGGAUGUCCGACUACGGUAUUUCUCGAGCUCAUCAUGGGUGGCCGGGGCUGAGGAGUCAAACGUCUCUCACGACAUUCCUUUUCCUGCGCCAAACGGGAAAGAAAAACCACCAGGGCCAUCAACUCAGGCAUCCAACGACUUCAUCUAUCUUGCCGAGGUGGACCAGCUCAUUGCAUGGUAUGCGAAAUAUUGCCACUUCUGGUUUCCACUGGUAGACUGCAACGAAGUUAUUGCUGCAGUGCACGAGCAGCGAAACCACGGAGGCUCGAAGCCCGGUGCUCUCGCACUAAUUGCAUCUAUGUGCUACACUGCUACCCGAUCCAUCAAGGCGUCAGGGAGCACCAAUUCAUGGUGCUCGCUUCCCUCCUCAUUCUGGGAAGAAGUCACGAUUCAAAUCCUCGCCGAAUCCGGGUUUCCAAGUCGACCCGAUCUAAAUACGGUUCGAGCAGGUUUCUUUCUUGCUAUACCCAGCAUGACGGAAGGGAGCUCUCACCCAGAUCCCAGCUCAGUCUCUAUCCUUGUAAGGGCCGCUCAGUCUCUCGGCCUUCACCGGGACCCGCUGUCCUUUCAGCUAUCUGCUCCUGAUGCUGAGCUCAGUCGUGUUAUAUGGUGGUCGGUUCGCGGUUUGGACAUCACAUAUGCGAUAUCGCAUGGCCUUCCACCACUGAUUCACCCUACAACUACGGAUGUUCAAUUCGUCGACUGUGGGCAUGGUUCGGAGCGCAAGCUUCUUAGUGCGGUAGCACAGACAAGCGCAUUGAUCUCAAAGACUCUGCACCGUAUCUACGGCGUGAGCCAGCCAACCCUUCGCGAUAUUAAGGAGUUGGAUAACGAGGCAGAAAAUAUCUACGCUGAAGAAGUAUCUGAAGAUCAGAAUUUCCACAUGGACCCCAUGCAAAGAUUCAUUGCUAUGAGUCGAAUGAUGUGCUGCUGCAAGAUGAUGAUUAUUUUACAUCAACCUUAUCUGCGAACAUCGCAGUGGCCUCAAGACUCUAGAUCAAAGGCUUUAAAGUAUUGUCAAGAUUAUACUAAUGGCUUUGUAACUGGACUCACAGACGAAUCAUUAGCGCCUUACAAAUGGGUGUUGGGGCAUUUCGACGUGAUCCACGCCUGCGCUAUUAUACUCCAGGACCUGAUCCAAAAUUGUUGCUCGCCAGAAUCAAACAGCCUUCGUGAUGCGGUCGAUGUCUGCUUUUCGGCCUGUUCAAAAUGGCACCAUCCUGUUUGGACGCAGCUGGAGUCGCUCCGGUCAAAGGCUUGGGCGGCAAAUGGAUGGCCUCUGAAUAGUCUGGGCCCUGAGAUAUUGGACUCAGACGUCAGCUUGGCAGAUCAUGACCCGCUUUUUGCGUGUUUCCUCUGGGAAGAGCUGUUGGUAUGA